CAAACAGUGUAAACAGAUUUCGACGCGAAAUUAAAAAGUUGUUUAAUCGUUUUCGCUGUUUUCACACCAUCACACUCAACCAAAUCGUUAACACUUCUGCGUAAUCAAUAAAAUCAUGGAAACGAAACCCCCCUCGACAUUCUGGUGGCUAAAAAAUAAAAAUAAAGACACAAGUAAAGAAGAAAACGCGAAUAACCUCUACGUACCCCGCCUCGACUUGGAUAUUUCAAGUUCCUUGGCAGAAUUUUUAGAAAAAGAACAAAACAUUCUAAACAGCAACCGCGAAGACCACACAGAAGUAGAUGUGGGAAGUAUAAUUGAAGAAAUUAACAGAGUAGCGGCCCAGAGUCCUCUGGGACCCUACGAGCGAUCGACUGAAGAGCGAAGUAUCGACGACAUUAUGCGGGAAGCGGAGCGAAUUUACAUGGAAAGUUCAAAGAGUUUUGAACAACUAAGUCAGAGGUCAAAAACGUCACAGAAUAUAACUGAUUUGAAUUCAAAUGAUUCGAAAGAGUCUACACCAACUCCGAAAAGUGUGAGUCCGCUUCCUAAUGAUGAUAGCGAAAGCGAUACGUACAGUGAGGACUUUAGCGAGGAAAGUAAAGUGCAGUCUGUUUCUUCUCCGGGAGAAAAGCCACGGGAAGUGGAGGAAGAGGAGCCGGUGGUUGCUUUUGAAGAACAGCCCCAAGAUCAAGAUGUAAAUAAAAAUGUCGAGCAAGUGGUUAUUGAAGCAGUUCCUAGCAGUAGAGAGAUCAAGGAGUAUGAAGAAGAGAUCAAGAUAAAGGAAGAACUAAUAAAAACGCUGGAGGAGGAUAAUAAACAGCUGAGGGAAGAUAUUCGUGCUGUGAGGGCCGAACUCCAGCAGACUAGUAUCCUUCUUAAUCAAACCAAAGCCGCACUAAGUGCCAAAUCGUUAUGUUCGCCCGAGAUAAACGUAGAACUCGAAAAAGUACUGGAAGAAUUAAAAGAUUCCAAAGAAGUGAACACAGCCUUACAGAUGCAACUUGACACAAUAAAUAAAACGCAUUGCCUUUUAAAAAACUCAUACGAUGAUCUCUUAGCUUCUAAUAAAAACCUAGAACGUAGAGUAGUAGAAUUAGACACUUCAUUGAGCAAGUACAAAACGGAGGUUGUUAAUCUACAAAAUCAAAAAGACAAACUCUUAGAAAACGAAAUUAACUUAAACAAGUUAUUAGAAAUCGAAAAACUGCAAGCCAAGAGUCUGAAACUCCAAAACGAGAAAGACGCCAAAUGCAUCCAAGACUUGAACAGACAGAUCAAAGAAAUGGAACGGAUAAUAGCCAGGAAGCACCCAGAUUCCGUUUCCGCGUUGAUAGUAGCAGCGAAGAACGACGCUACAGAAUCAAACAUGACAGCGAGGAAGAUCCUAGAAGAUAGAAUAAAGAUCCUGGAAGAAGAAGCCUCGAAUCGUGACACACAAUCCUCUAGGAUCUUCCUCGACAUUCAAGAAAAGUUCAACCAAAUGAAACUCAAGUACGAGAGUCAUAUUGAAGAUCUUGAGUUACACGUAACCGACUUGAAGACUCAGCUAAAGAGAAAGAUCGACACUUUUGAUGUUUACACCCAAACUAUGAACGACGAAACGAAGAUACCUCAGAAAGAUACGAUAACCGUUGCUACGCAAACCGAUCAACAAAAACCUGCUAAACGUACCGAGGUUAAAGAAGACGCUCAUUUAUUGGCUACGAUAAGAGGUUUGCAGGCGGAUUUGACCAAUAAGGAGAAAGUGGUUUCGAAGUUGCAGCGAGAGUUAGAUGAAUUGAAGAAGACCAACAGGAAGCUGCAGAAGGAGCGUGAAGGGAGCUUGAGGAGUUUGAACGAGAGAAAAGAGUUCCGGAGUUAUCCAGAAAAAUUGGCUGCGCAGGUGAAAACUCCCGUCGACGAAGAAGAAUUGAAGUUUUUGAGAUCGGAUCGAGAUAAAAUGAAACAGCAGCUGUGUCGAAUCGAGGAGGAUUAUCAAACUUUGAAAAAUAAAAGAUUACACGAUUUGAGUGCUUUACAAGAAGCACACGAACGUGAAAUUGCUGCCUACGUUGCUAAUGUUACCCCUCUUAGAGAGCAGCUCGAGUUGCAGCAAGUUUCGUUGUCGACUCUGCAAAAUCAGCUGAGUUCUGCUAAAGAGGAGUUGGUUAUCGUCACGGUUGAAAGGGACCAUUUGAACGAGCAGCUGGGGCAGAUGGGUACUAAGAAACAGGCAAGGGGACAGAGUGACGAUAGAGAAAUCGAUGCCUUACAAAAAAAGAUUGCAUUUUUAGAGAAACGAUACGAAGAACGUGAAAUCAGAUUAAGAGCUAUCGUGCACGGCUUAGCACAAAAAAACGUCACCAACCGCAGCUGUGAACAGUGUGCCGACAGACAAAAGCAAUUAAUUGGAUACAAAGUGGAACUAGACCAGCUUUUGGCAACUCUAAGAGCACUUAAGUAACAGCUUGUUACACAAAUAGUGAUUUUUAUUUUCUAGUCAUUCGAAAAACGCAUUUACAUUUAUUUAUUUCGUUAUGCAUUUUACAGGGUCUCGUACUUCCAGAGUAGACUUAAAUCAUUAUUUAUUUUUUGUAUUAUUUGUUUAAUAAUGAAUAGUAUUGUGGAUGAAGCUUCCCGUUAGAAAGACUUGUUAAUGCCAAAAAUUGUUAAUCGUAUGUAUACAAUGUAAUGAGUGAUUUUUUAAAAUUAAUAAAAUGUUUUUGUCUAGUUUAUUGAA